AUGGAGCCUCAGAGGAACACCCGGAUGGUACAAAACCCAACGCAUCAUUACGUAACCGGAACCGAAGCUGCUUUUCAGUCAUCGCCGCCGUGGGUGAUGACGGAUGACGGUGUUUUGGCGGGUUAUGAUCGGGAUCAGAUGGCUUCCAAUCUCCCUCAUCCCUCAAUCGAUGUUGAUGAAACUAUGUCCAAUGUGUUUUCUUCUCUCAAUAUCUCGCCCAUCAACCGCCUCCGUUGCCGGAGACACCUCCCGGAGACUCUUGACGGUGGUGGGACUUCGAUCGGCAUCGGCGAGGCUUCCGUCGUUCGCCCCUUUCGUAACAACGCUGGUGGUGAUAUUGGUAACAGUCACCGAAGGAUUUACUCCAGUGUGGGCCAUGUUAUGGUGGACCCUCUUCAGGAGGUUCCUUCUUCUGGGUUUGACCAACCGUUUGACUUUGACCAAUCGUCUGACUUGCUCCCGAAGGAACAGUUGUACUCUACACCACAGCUCAGUCCCCAUCUCUUCUGUUCAUCAAACCCAUCUUCUGCAAUUCUUGAUGACUCUUUCCCCCCCAAUUCCGCAAACAACUCCAAUUUUGCGAGAUCACGAGCUCAUCAGCUUUUGAGCCUUUUGCCAUUGAAAGAAUUGAGGGGAAAGAUCCAUUCUAUUGCUAAGGAUCAAAAUGGGUGUAGAUUAUUACAGGCUAAAUUUGAAAACCCAACAAAGGAAGAGAUUGAAAUGGUUCUGUAUGAGGUGUUGGACUCCAUUAAAGAUUUGAUGAAGGAUCAGUUUGGGAACUAUUUGAUUCAGAAGCUCAUUGUUGUAUGCAAUAAUGAUGAUCAGAAAUUAAGGAUCCUUGUUUCCCUGUCUGAACUCCCAGUUGAAAUGAUUCUUGUUUGUAUGAACCCACAUGGGACUAGAGCUGUGCAGAAGUUGUUGGAGAACCUAACUGACCCAUACCAGAGGGCGUUAGCAAUGGCGGUUCUAGGCCCGGGUGCGGCUAGAUUGGCCAACGAUCCGAACGGUCAUCAUGUUAUUCAGUAUUGCUUGAUUCAUUUCCCUUGUGAUGUGAAUGAGCCGAUUUUGAAUGAAAUUGCAGACAAAUGCUUCCAAGUUGCAACAGAUAGAAGUGGUUGUUGUGUGCUACAGGCAUGUGUGGAGAACUCUCGUGGAGAGUUGAGAACUCGACUGAUUUCUCAGAUUUUGGUCGAUGCGAUACAUCUAGCCAAAGAUCCUUACGGCUCAAGACUAACGCGCGCCAUUAUUUGUUAUAUAACCUUUAGAAACUAUGUGUUGCAACACGUGGUGGGGUUAAACGUACCUGAAUUCACUGCGCAACUUGUGAGGGAGCUUCGAGGGAAUUUUGCAUCUCUGUCGUGCAACAAGUAUGGUAGUAAUGUGGUCGAGAAGUGCUUGAACGAAUCACGAGAAGAGAUCUCGAGUCUAAUUGUUAUGGAGUUGAUCACAAGCCCAAACCCAUCGUUGCUUCUAACAGAUCCUUAUGCUAACUUCGUUAUCCAGUGUGCAUUGACGGUCUCUACGGAGGUUGGGUCUGGGAAGGGGUUCGUAUACGAAUGUCUACGAGAGGUCAUAUCGGACAACAUCGGGUCCAUGCGAAGCAAUCUUUAUGGUAAGAAGAUAUUGGCAUGGUUCGAAAAGCGGAGGAUCCUUGGCAUCUAG